AUGGACAUGCAGAGCGACCCGCACGUGGACGCGCCCCUCGAUCCAAACCGUCCCGAUGCCUCGAUAAACAUCGACCAUUCACUCGGCUAUUGGAAUAGCGUAUCUUCAGACGUCAAUGGCAUGCUCGGCGGCUACCCACAGACGUCGCGCAUCGAUCUCCAGGGCUCCUCCAACUUCCUUACAAAGCUGCGACGCGGCAAGACACCGACGUCGAAAAUUCCUCUGCCACCCCUCGAACGCGUCGCCGAUUGCGGUGCUGGUAUCGGGAGGAUCACCAAGGGCUUGCUUCUGGGUGUCGCAAAGAAGGUGGACGUCGUCGAGCCAGUGAAGAAAUUCACGGAUGAGCUGGUGCAAAGUUUGGGCAACGGAGAAUACGCUGGCGAUGGCGUCAGCAACGACGGCAAGGGCCAGGUGGGCGACGUGGUCAACCUGGGGCUGCAGGACUGGAUACCUGAGCCCGGUGCAUACGACGUGAUAUGGAACCAAUGGUGCCUGGGCCAUCUGACGGACGCGCAACUGGUCGUGUACCUGGAGCGGUGCAAGAAGGGGCUGAGGCCAGCGAGGGAAGGAGAGGAAGUCAGCCGAGCAUGGAUCAUCGUCAAGGAGAAUCUGUCGACAGACAUCAUGCACAAAGACAUAUACGACGAAGAGGACUCCAGCGUGACGCGGUCAGACGACAAGUUCAGACGCCUAUUUCAACAGGCGGGGUUGAAAAUUGUCGCGACAGAGCAACAGAGAGGCAUGCCCAAGGAGCUGUACCCGGUCAGGAUAUAUGCGCUGAAGCCUGAAUGA